UUCGUCAUCAUUUGGAUGAAACAUGGACAACUUAACAAAUUCGUCGGAUGAUUUUGCUAAGAUGAGAGACGGAUAUGACUUGCCUGUGUAUGGUUUGGCGACGGGAACAUUUUACUAUCUGCAUGUUCCAGCAUUGUUCUGUAUUUUAUGUAGUUUAACUUGUGUUUUCAUUGCAAUUAUCAUGUCAUUUCGGCAAAAGGACUAUAAAACAUUCUUUUCUUGGACAAAGAGUGAACGAUUUGUUGUGUACUUGGCGAUUUGUGAUGGUGGGUUCAACACAUUUCAUAGCAUGGAUCACAUGCAGUAUGCACUCACACAGGACCAUGUUAGACCCAUUGAACUUUGCGAAUUUUAUGGCUUCAUGCUGGCAGAAUUUGUUGCUGCUCAGAUUUUGAUGGUGAAUGUUGUCGCUAUAAAUGCGUUUAUGCUUAUGGUUUUUCGAAAGAAUUUGAAUUUUGGUAAAAACGACUGGAGACUCUUGGUAUGGACGUUUGGUCUUCCCUUUGUUGCUUCCACUGUAGUUGCUGUUACGGGACAACUUGGACCAAAUGGAUCAUCUUGUUUCUUCGACGGCGUAAAAGCUGAUGUAGCAAACAUAGCGUUUACCACGGUACCUCUACUUCUUGUACUUAUAGUAAACAUUGUUAUGUAUGCGAUCACAUUGUACCGAAUAAAGGUUGAAACCAAUUCACUUCAACUUGGUCUGAAGACGAAACAUGCCAGUAGGAAAUCUAAACGUGCUGCGAAAAACAUGUCCAUGUUUGUCGCUGCCUUUUUUAUUCAAUGGGGACCUCUAGGUAUAUUUGGAAUAUGGUACCUAAUAGGUGACGAAAGACCAUUAGUAUUGUUUCAUAUCGUCACAGAUUUUUCCAACAUUGGCGGAUGUCUAAAUCUGUGUGUUUAUCUAAUUAUUAGACAUACAAAUAGCGAAAAUAGGAACAAGGCUGAAGGAACACAAUUUGACUCAAAUGAAAUAAAAGGGAUUGGUUCUACUGCCAUUACAGCCUCUAACCAGAACAUAUUUACAACUUGUUAA